CCUCAAGCAGAAGGAAGACCCCGACACUCUGUGGAGGUUGCCCGACAAUUUGAGGUGGUCUAUUCACAGGUACAAGGGGAGAUCAUGGUGGGCGGAGUCUUCUUAAGGAUAUUUAUAUCGCAGCCUACUUGGGUUCUGAGGAAACCAAAGGAGUUUCUGAUAUCACUACUCGACAAGUUUGGACAACUCUCACAGUCUGCUCAUCCUGAUGGAGAGAUCCUGGAGACAGUGACAGAGGCUUGUGUUUGUCUCUUUACUGCCCAACCAUCACUAGCGGACCAGGUUCCACCGCUGGGUCACAUUCCCAGGAUCCUGGCCCGAAUGAAGGCUGACAACGAAGUUAUUCCAAAAGCUUGUCUUCAGGUCACACACAUACUGGCGGACAGCGAGGUUUGUGUGCGAACGAUGUCCAAGUGUGACACAGUGGUUCCGUUGAUCUGUGCCAUGAAGAAGAGGAAAGACAGUGUACACGUUGCCGCAGAGACCAUCAAAAAGCUGUAUGACCUCAUGAUUCCCGAGCUAGUGGUACAGGCCGUGAAUGGAGAGUUGAUUCCGUUCCUACUGAAGCUGCUUGAGGAUCCUCUGUCUGAGUGUGACAAGCCGUCAGCUGCUAAAGCACUCAUAGCUGAGUCACUCAAGAACAUGGCUAAAGACCUCGCCAAUGGAGAGAGGAUAUUAGAGAUACUGGAAAAAUCCCCUGUGUGGUCGGCGUACAAAGACCAGAAACAUGAUCUCUUUCUUACCAACACGACUGUAUCUGGUUACCUUACGGGUCCGUCUGGCGUAGCUGGUUACCUCACGGCUGGAAGCUCAUCGUCGGCUAACAAUGCAAACAGUUCUGCCCCACCCCCACUAGAGCCGCCGGAGGACACACCCACUGGCGAUGAUGACGAUGAUGACUAGCUGUAUCUUAGGUUGUUAUAUAAUUGUAUUUGAGUUGUGAGUACAAAAACUGCUUUCUAUUUUUAAAGUCUGUAAUAAUUAAUAAUUGUAUCGUGGAUUUUGAGGUACAUGACAUAAUACAUUUUAAUUUUGA